AUAUUCUGAGUAAUAGAAAUGGAUGCAGAGGUCACGCAGGUGCCGGCAGUCUGACACAGCAGUUUAAAUAACUGUAGACGGUCAUCUGCCCGAAAUCCCGGCGGGCAGGUCCGAACUUCGAGGUCACUCUGGCCCACUCCCACUACUUAGACCGCCUAUCAGCUGCAAACAUCGGUGCCACCGGCCGCCGCUGCCGCAGCCCCCACGACCUCUACUCCUCCGUGGAAGGCGAUGCGCCCCCUUUAUGCCGAGAGCAGCUGACAGGUGGGAAAGGGGAUGGGUCAGGGGCUGAGUUGCAGUUGCAGAGAAGGGCAUGAGAGUGCUCUGUUCUGCGCUGUCAGGGACGGGGACUUGGAGGUGAUCCGGGCUAUGGUGGAGAGCGACCCAAGUGUCUUGGAGCUAAAUUCUUCGUAUGAGAGGGCCUCUGCCCUACAUGUCGCUGCUGCGAGUGGUCGGAUCGAGGUUCUUUCCUUGCUUUUGGAUCGGUCUGUCAAUCCGGAUGUGCUCAAUCGCCAUAAACAGACACCGUUGAUGUUGGCUGCAAUGCACGGGAGGAUAUCUUGUGUUCAAAAGCUUAUCCAAGCAGGAGCAAACAUUUUAAUGUUUGAUUCUCUCCACGGAAGAACCUGUUUGCAUUAUGCUGCUUACUAUGGCCAUUCAGAUUGCCUUAAAGCCAUACUUUCCGCUGCAAUUUCUGCCCCCGUCGCACAUUCUUGGGGAUUUGCAAGAUUUGUGAACAUAAGAAAUGGGAGUGGAGAAACCCCACUGCACUUGGCGGCCCGUCAAGGCCACCCAGAGUGUGUUCAUGUCCUCUUAGACAACGGGGCUCUUGCUUGUGCUUCAACCGGUGGAUAUGGCCGUCCAGGGAGUACACCACUUCAUUUAGCUGCUCGCAGGGGUUCUUUGGAUUGUGUCCGUGAAUUGCUUGCAUGGGGGGCUGAUCGACUGCAAGAAGACCAAGCCGGGAGAAUACCAUACAUGGUUGCUCUGAAGCUCAAACAUGGAGCUUGUGCAGCCCUGCUGAACCCUUCAUCUGCAGAGCCUCUGGUAUGGCCAUCGCCAUUGAAGUUCAUUAGCGAGCUUAAUCCAGAGGCAAAAACCCUCUUAGAGAGGGCCCUGCUGGAGGCAAACAAGGAGAGGGAGAAGGCUAUUUUGAAGGGGACAGACUACUCAAUUCCAUCCCCUAUGCAUUCUGAUGUUGGGACUGAUGACAAUGCGUCUGAGGCCAGCGACAUGGAGCUAUGUUGCAUAUGCUUUGACCAUGCCUGCACGAUUGAAGUCCGAGAAUGCAGACACCAGAUGUGUGCAAAUUGCAUCUUGUCCAUUUGCUGCCACAACAAGCCCAAUUCCAUUACAGCCUGUUCCAUGGCGCCAGUUUGCCCAUUCUGCCGGAGCAGCAUUACCCAACUAGUUGUUGCCAAGAUUAAAACCAACGAUGAUGCCAAAUUGGAAAUGAGUAACUUGAAGCAGAAGAGAUCGAGGCAGCCUCGAAAUCUCAGUGAAGGCAGCAGCAGCUUCAAAAGUUUACCGACUGUGGGCUCAUUGGGGAAGAUGGGAGGCCGCAAUUCUGGAAAGAUUGUUGCUGAAUGCAAUGAAGGGGUUGAAAAGCCUUGACUUGCAAUGGUCAUGGAUUUGCUUCUCACCGAGCAGGCUGUUCGAUGUGGAUACACAUCUGUCUCGGAUUCAUCUCAGAACCCUGAAUCCAUUACGAUAUGCAUUUUUGAACUACUUUUCCUAUAUGAGUCUUUAUAUAUAUAUAUAUAUAUAUAUAUAUAUUAAAAAGCAUAUGAGGAUUAUAAGAGGCAAAAGGUCUUUCAUGACUUUGAGUUGGCAUGGGUUUUUUCUUUCAGGGUCCUAUUUUUCAAGUGUUCUUCAAUUUAAGAUGAAGAGAGAGACUUCCUAAGCUUUUGUAAUCUGAAUUAGUAUUAUUUCCUUUUCUGGUUUUUAUUGUAAGAUAAAGUCAAGCAUAUGUCUCAGCCAUUAACACUUCAAUUCUUCAAUAGCCUAUCAGGGUUUGUUGUUUCUUCAAUA